CUGCCCCAGGCACGGCGGCUCCCGGGCGGGCUCGGAGCCGUGUCCCGGCAGCAGUGGGUGCUGAGGAGGCGCGGGGGGAGCCCGUCAUGGAGCCCGCCGUGGGGCGCGGGGCAGCCCGGAACGGCCGCGCGGGGCUCGGUUCCCCCCGGCGGGCGCGGGCCCGGCGCGGCGGAAGCGGAAGCGCGGCGGCGGCGGCGGGAGCGCGGCGGGCGAUCCACAAAAAUGGGGAACACGAGCAGCGAGCGAGCGGGGCUGGAGCGCCAUGGGCACAAAGCCAGUCGAGGGGACAGCUCAGGAGGAGCCAUCAGUACCAAGGAGGGGGACAGACCCAAAAUCCUCAUGGACAGUCCUGAAGAUGCAGACUUGUUCCAUUCAGAGGAAAUGAAGGCUCCACUGGAGAAAGAAGAAUUUCUAGCUUGGCAGCAGGAUCUGGAGGUGAAUGAUAAAACCCCCACUCAAGCUCGGCCAACAGUCUUCCGCUGGACUGGAGGAGGGAAAGAGGUUUAUUUAUCAGGGUCCUUCAACAACUGGAGUAAAAUUCCUCUGACAAGGAGUCACAAUAACUUUGUGGCAAUCCUGGACCUGCCAGAAGGAGAGCACCAGUACAAGUUCCUCGUGGAUGGGCAGUGGACACACGAUCCUGCAGAGCCAGUAGUAACCAGCCAGCUGGGAACUGUCAACAACAUCAUCCAGGUUAAGAAAACUGACUUCGAAGUGUUCGACGCUUUGAUGGUGGACUCCCAAAAAUGUUCAGACAUGUCUGAGCUGUCUAGUUCACCCCCAGGACCAUACCACCAGGAGCCCUAUGUCUGCAAGGCAGAGGAGCGCUUUAAAUCUCCACCCAUUCUCCCCCCACACCUGUUGCAGGUCAUCCUGAACAAGGACACAGGCAUUUCUUGUGACCCCGCUCUGCUCCCUGAACCCAACCACGUCAUGUUGAACCACCUGUAUGCACUUUCCAUCAAGGAUGGAGUGAUGGUGCUCAGUGCUACACACCGUUACAAGAAGAAAUACGUGACCACUUUGCUGUACAAGCCAAUAUGAGCAUCGCAGUCAUUUGUGACCAAUUGUUCUGGGCCAGUGCAGUCUCAGAAAAAAAUGCUUCACUUAACCAAAUGUACUUCUGCUCUGUGCUGUAGCAAACAAACUCUGAUUUCAUAUUUUUCCUGAGACUUCCAGGUUCUCCUGUAUUUGCCUUAUUUUGUUAGCCCCACCUUGGAAGUUCUUGGAAAUGGCAGAUUCACAGCAACCAGACAGGUGGCAAAGGUGUCAGUGCCCCUUGUCAGCUGAGUUAAAAAACCACCAAUUUAAUUAGGCUGAAUAAUGUCAGGGCAGCAACAGACCCAAGAGCUUUAGCAGUGAGGCAGACUGGGAGUCUGCCAGCCCAAAGUCUGGAAAGUUCAGGAUUCUUGGGGAAUCUGAUUUCAGCAUAACACUCAGCAAAAGCAAGCUCAUUACUGCUUCCAUUGCUCAUCAAACACUAUUUCAGCAGCAAGUUCCAAACUUGCCUGGCUGAAGUAAGUGUGAAUAUUGAUGAUCAUUUUGUAGCAGCCUUUUCUGGGCAAAAUCAGCAACAUAAUCAUCACUACAAGCUCGUUAUUAUUUUAUGGUAGAGUGGGGUGCACUGUUUCUACUGUGAAUAGCUCUGUAGUUUUUUUCUCUUCAUGAGAACUGAAAUACAUCUUUUCCCCUGUGGAAUUUCUGGUAAAGACAAUUGUUUUUAAUGGCUGGAUUUUUCUGUAAAUCGUAAUUGUGUCUUGCAGUAAUCUGCUUUUGGAAAACUGGUUUCUCUUGCUGUCACUGAUGAGGACUUCCUUAAGCUGGGAGAGGUGGCAGGAAGGAAAUGGAUGGAUUCAGUUUAGGGAUGAAUUCCUCAGUAACAGCCUGAGGGUGACUGUAAGUCUCCUGUGUCCAGUGGCCAAACUUACCCCUCAGUGUCAGCAGAGUGCUGGGUGCAGCAGCACCGCAGCCCUCUGUGCUCAGGGCUGGAGCCGGGCAACUUUUUAUUCCAUUUCUGUUUCCUAAGUGAUUCUAGUAAUGCCAGGCUGCCUGUCCUUGGUGCUGACAGCCUGUUUUAUCCCAAAACAAAUGCAACAUUAAUGCAAAACUGCUGCCAGCGUGCUUGUUUUGGUGCCUGGGGCACCGUGACCGUGCCAAUGAUAAGCAGUCCCUCCCACUGUGGGGGAAAGCACUUUGCACAAGUGUGUGAGGACUCUGAGUGGGGACAGAGCUGCAGCAGCCAGCGUGGAGUGGAGCCACAGUGGGAGGAUGCCUUGCCAUCCUGGGGUCUGUUCACCAGCCUUGUUGCAAUAUCUUCAGUAGCUGAGUAGAUGUGGGUCUAGUGCAAUGGUUUUCUCUGAAAACUCUUUCUUCAUUCUGUGCUAUGGAUAGUAUUUGGUAUUCUGAACUACAGAAUUGCUUGUUUUCAACCUCUUUAGAAAUAAAUAAAACAUUUUCAAGAGAG